UUGCAUUCUCCAGCAUUCACUUGUUAAUUAUAUCUUGUAUAUGCAUGGCUUCUCUACUUUUGCCUGCAACUUGCUCCUACGGUUACCUUCCUCUUCCUCUUCUUCUUCUUCUUCUUCUUCUUCUAGCUCUUGGUUUCACUAAUGAACACUUUCAUGUAGCUCGAGCUGAGCUCGAGAGACGUCACACCGUCGAUGUGCGCUCUCUACUGCCGAACGAUGUUUGCUCGUCCAUUCAAGACCAUAAUAAGGGACCAAUUACUGAACCAAAACUCAAACUAAUCCACCGGCACGGCCCUUGCUCACCGUUAAUGCACCGCCAAAGUGCACCCUCCCACAACCAAAUUCUAGCUGAAGAUCAAUCGAGAGUGAAUUGGCUCCACCGCCGGACCUCCGCCGCCGCCCGGCACAGCAACAAACGGCGCGGCCCGUUAACGUUGGACGCGUCAAUGAUUCCGGCUCACACGGGCGACUCCCUCGGCACCGGUAACUACAUCGUCACCGUCGGGUUCGGGACCCCGAAAAAGGACUUCUCCGUCAUCUUCGACACGGGCAGCGACGUCACCUGGAUCCAGUGCCAGCCCUGCGUCUCGUACUGCUACCCGCAACAAGACCCGCUCUUCGACCCCGCGCAAUCGUCCACCUACGCCAACAUCUCCUGCACCUCCCCGUACUGCUCCGCUCUCGACGUCUCCGGCUGCUCCGCGUCGAAUUGCCUUUACGGCGUGCAGUACGGUGAUAACUCCUACACGGUCGGGUUCUUCGCGCAGGACACUCUCACGCUCACGCCGGCCGACGUGAUACCGAAAUUCAAGUUUGGAUGCGGGGAGAAGAACCGCGGGCUGUUCGGGCAGGCUGCAGGACUGCUGGGCCUCGGGCGGGAGCUGGUAUCGUUGGUGUCGCAGACAUACCAGAGGUAUGGUGGAAAGUUUGCUUACUGCCUGCCGUCGACGUCGAGCUCGAACGGAUACCUGACAUUCGGAGAAGACUACCCGACUGCCAACGUCAAAUUUACGCCGAUGCUGUCGAACCCGAGCACGCCGACUUUCUACUACUUGAAUUUGGUCGGGAUCAGCGUCGCCGGCCAACAGCUAUUGAUCUUGCCGUCGGUCUUUUCGACCGCAGGGACGAUCAUCGACUCCGGCACUGUCAUCAGCAGAUUGCCGCCGGACGCCUACUCGGCCCUCCGCUCCGCGUUCAGGAAGCAAAUGUCGGCCUAUAAGCCGGCACCGGCGCUUUCGAUCCUCGACACGUGCUACGACUUGUCGGGGCAGAGCAAAGUGAUCAUUCCGACCGUGGCACUGCAGUUUGCGGGCGGCACGGAGAUGAACUUGGAUGUGUCGGGGAUACUCUAUGUGGCGAGCGCGUCGCAAUCUUGCCUGGCCUUCGCCGCCAACGGCGACCCCAGCGACAUAGCCAUCAUAGGAAAUGUGCAGCAAAGAAGGUUCAACGUGGUGUAUGAUGUCUCCAAGAACGUGAUAGGGUUUGGCCCUGGAGCUUGCUAACCAAGUACAUGCAGUAGGUUUUCCACACAUGUCAUACGAAAUUAAGCUAAUAAAACAAUUAAGUGAUUGGGCGGGGAUUGAACAAUUAAUGAAGGACAAUGAAAUCUCUAUUAUUGUUAAUUUGUAAAAGUUUGUACCACAUUUAUAAUACAGCUCAUCAUUGCAAGGGCUUGACCUUCCAUCCUUGUUGACCUAGUUAUGACAAUCAAACCUUAUUAAUACAAUGAGCAUUUUUCAUUAA